AUGCCCACUGUGGUGCCUGGACAGGACGAGCACUAUGCAAGCCCUAACCGUCGACAGUCGCUUCAAGCACAGACUAGCCUGGCGGAUCGGUUGAAGAAGACGGGGCCACACUCACCUACUGCUAAUAGAUCUGCUGUCUACCUGCCUACAACCACGUAUAGUCCACAGCAGUCGCAGUAUCUCCCAUCUCGAACGAGAACGCCCUCGCACUCCACCAACUUCGCACGAACAGAUACUCCUCGCGCCUUUUCUCCACCACCACUCCCCAACCACGACACGAAUCCGCCCUCGUCCGUGAACCCUGAUGAUUUCUACCGCGAUUACACCCAAAACUCUCAGCUGGGCUUGUUGUCGUCUGCGACCCUCCAUCAAGAGGCUUUGAGAACGUUGAACUCACAAGAGGAGGCCAAGUCAAGAGUCGGUAGCAACGGCAGCUAUUCCACAAACUGGUCGCUAGACGACAGCAGAGACACUGCUCCUCAACCAAAGUUACUCAGUAUAAGGUCAAGGAAAUCGUCGGUCAAAAAUCUGGUCGCCCAGAUAAAUGCUUCUUCGACAGCAGAAGUGCCUCCUGUUCCGAUACAGCCGGUAUCAACGACUUAUACUCCCCAAGAGCCGACUUCUUAUCUCUCUUCAGCAAAUGUAUCGCAUUUUGGAGGUGUAAAGAAACAAUCGCACUCUUCUCGACAAUCAAGUGGGACACGCAUCGCCCGCUCAAAGCCUGAAGAACCACAGAUCAGCCAGAGGAGGCCACUAUUCGGGGAAUUGCUUCCUACUUCUGUCUCUUCGCCAUCUGCUGGUUUUGGCAUUGUGAGUCCUAGAACAAGGGCUGGCUCUGACAACUCGCCAAUGCAUAGUCCCAAUCCUAUGUUUCCGCCCAACUAUAGAGACAGUCCAUUCGUACUCUCGCCCGCUGUUUACGCCCCAACCAGUCAGGGGCAAGACCACCGCAGAUCCCAAAGUGAUGCAUUGCACAACUCGUCGUAUACCAAUACAAUGACCUCUCCGAUAUCUGCCCGUCGACCACCAAUCACAUCCCGGAUACCCGUUGGUACUCGACGGCUAAGUGCUGCCUCUGAUUCUGAAACCUCGGCGCCAAGUUCUCGAGCACCUUCUGCGUUGGACAAAAGACAAGUGACUAAUGGUGCACUUAAAUCUACAAACAAAGUCACUGGCUCCAAUCAAUCCUUGUCUGUUCAAGACCAGCCUGGAAAAAUAACUUCUCCAGGCCGAAGAGUCUCGCCACCUCUGCGAAGCUCUCGACCUCGUUUGCCUGUUUCAUCCGCGUCGACCGCUGCCUCUCGAGCUCGUAUGGCCGAAAAAUUUAAUUCUUUGCAGAAGAUCAACAAUGAAAAAAGAGCUGCCCAGCAACGCCGUGUGAAACCCCCAGAGCUUACGGAUAUCGAUUUGGAUGCAAGAAGAUCAAGGAUAACACAAGCCUUGACUAAGUCUAGAGAGAGCGAAGAACUUACAUCGAAAACUGGGUUCAGCAAACGUUGGGAGUCCCAAAGCAGAAUCUCGUCACCCAGGCCUGGUUCGAGCAUCAGCGACGAUGUAGGCCCAGUUUUGCAGGCGGUUCCUGGUGCUGGCAGCUACGAGAAAGAGCAAGAAAGGCUCGAACAUCAAUAUGAUCAGAAAUACGCCACAAGAAACGCGCUGCAUGUUGUCGGUAACCCGCAACGUCAGAUCGAGGAAGAUGACUCUCCUACUCUAGGUCACGACGCGAGUCCUACAGACCACCCUGGUAUGCAAAUACAAACGAACCUACUAAGAAUCCCUGACAGAGCCGAACCGCAAUCUGCUGUGACUGAUGCCACAGCAGACACUGAAGCCACCCAUAUCGAUCCAGAACCUCAAGAAGACGCCGAUGCCGCGAGUUUGCUUAGUCACGUUAUGCAGAUGCGUGACACAAGCCCCUCUGGCCAAUUUCAUCACUCUCCACGUACCUACGAUGAACCAGAGGAUCGUGCAGAUGUCGAGUCGGUCAAUCUAGUAUUACGAAAUACCACUUAUCUUGACGAUGACGAAGCCAUCAAAAAAGGUUAUAGAACAAACUUCUCUAUUCCUGAACCAUUGCCAGAAGAGCCCGAGGAUAGAGGGUCGACCCGAGAUUCGUGGACUUCGUCCUUGCAUGACGAGGCUGACAACGACGAUGGCUAUUUUGCAUCUAAUGCAUCACAUUCAAGAGAAGAAUACCCCGAUUACAAGCACAUGAACAAUGGUUCCAACCAUGGCGUCGACCAGGAUGAGAUGGAUUCUUAUCGCGAUACGAUGGCAUCUGACGCUUAUACAACCAUUAACGUCGUUUUGCAGGAACACUCAAGCUCGGGUAUCGUCGAUCAGCAGUUUGUUGAUGAUGUCUAUCAGAAGGUACUCGAGACUUGUCCUGAAAUGGAGGAAGAGAAGAACUAUGACUCAGCAAAAAUCGAGCAACUUUGUCUUCAGGAGAUUUUGCGCAGGCACGAGAGCGCUGCGCUUGAAUUGCAACUGGCUCCAGAGGUCACCAGCCCUGCUGGCGAACAAACACCGCAACUCGAACAAGAAGAACACAUUGCCGAGACGUACGAACGUGAGCCAGAAGUUUCAGAGCUACCUGCAAAUGAUGACAGUCUCCUCACUUUACCGUCAACCAAAUUUCAAGGCCAUCGUCAAAAACCCAGUCUUGAUAGCGCUGAAGAUUGGGCAGGCACGUCCCCAUCUAUUAGUGAUUGGGCACGGUUUGCGGUCGACAACGAAACUCCGCCUCCACAAGAUGUGGUACGAGAGUCUGGCCUACCACUGCAACAAACAGAACAGCCGCAUGUAGAAAAAGUGUCCGAAAACCACAGCGAGCAAUGUCACAGAAGUGCGCAAUCCAAUUCCAUCCGUGGCACUUCUCAAUCAAUUGAAGUAUUCGAUGAAGACACCUCGGAACCUGAAGAAUAUGGUGUAGCCAUCAUUCGUGCACCAUCUCGUUCGCCUCCGCCUCCUCCUAAGGACAAUAUACCAAGUAUCGGCCAGAUAUCGAGAAUCGCAGCUGAAACCACUCCCAACACGGAUAUUCCACAACCGAGAGUGCCUCAUCGUAUCACAUCACUUAAUCAAGUUGAAAGUGCGAGGUCCUCGCAGUCCACCUCCAGACCGCCUUCAGCAAAGUCUCGUACCGACAUCAUACCUUGGGAGAGCCGAGACCUGCCAGCAGACGGUACUAGUGCGGACGUUAUGAGCCCUGAAGCUCGUCGAUUGAAAAAGCGUAAACAUAUCAUAAAAGAGCUUGUUGACACUGAGAACAUCUAUCAACGCGACAUGCGCGUUCUGUGCGAUAUCUACAAGCAGACUGCUGCUGCAGCGUUAACAGAGGACGAUAUUAGAGUCUUGUUUGGUAACGUUGAGCAAGUACAGAUUUUCGCGAGGGACUUUUUGACGGCGUUAAAGCAGACCUCCAAAGCAUCGUACGUUAGCGAUCGAAAGAAAGAUCCAAAAGGGUCUUUCGAAGCAAUGGCGCGUGCCAACUCAAGUUCGUCGACGCUGGCUUCGGCAAAGAUUGAUGCUGAGAUUACUGAUCUCCAAAGAGAUCGUGAAACAAGAAUCGGAGAUGCCUUUGAAGGAUCGUUGAAGGACAUGGAGGUAGUAUACGCCGAGUACAUUAGAAAUCGGCAUGCCGCAAACCAACGACUUGAAGCGUUGCAAAAAUCUACGACAGCUCAGGACUGGCUGAAAGAAUGUAGGGAUAAUUCCAGCGACAUUACCAAUGCUUGGAAUCUUGAUGCCCUUCUGGUGAAACCAGUUCAGCGCAUCACAAAAUAUCCUCUACUCCUCAGGGAACUGAUUGAUGCCACGGUCGACGAUCAUCCUGACCUCUCGACGUUAAAAAGGGUGUUAACUAAUAUGACUGAUAUCAACAUACGCAUCAACGAUGUAAAGAAGCAUGCAGAAAUGCUCGAUCAAGCUAUUAACAGGAAGCGAGGCCAAUCAGAUGUGCGGACUGGAUUUUCGAAGGCUUUCGGAAGGAGAGCAGAGAAACUCAGACAACACGUUGGAAUCACGGAAAUGUAUGAAGACACAGAAUACGACAAGCUCAGGAUUGCCUAUGACAACAAUUACGUGCAACUCAUGGUAGUUGCCAAUGAUUGCCUGUCGUACGACAAGGGCAUUACUCAGUGGGUGAACAAGAUGGUCGAGGUCGCAGCAGCAGCAGAAGCAUGGGUUGACGUCGGCCACUCUCAUCAUCAACAAGAAGAGAGCAAACUGCGGCACUUCGCCAUGAUUGUGCGCAACGUGCACAAUAUCGCACUUCCUGAUCAUCUUGAACAUCUACAAAAGAAAGUCAUCAAGCCAAUGACUACGACAGUAGAUAUUCUGCAAAAAUUCAAGGACGACCCGAAGGGAUUAUUACACAAACGAGACAAGCGAUUGGUCGAUUAUGCGCAGAUGAAGAACAGGAAAGAUAAAGGAGAAAAAGUGGACAAGAAAAUGUCGGAGCGUAUGGACCAGUGGGAAGCCCUUAAUACUGAGGCCAAAGAGCGAAUGAGGAAGCUUCUGAGAGCUACUGCACACCUCGUGCAAUCGUGCCAGGGCCACCUUGUACAGCUUCAAAUGUCAUGGAUGGUCAUGAUUCAGCAAAAACUCUCGAAUGUAAUGGGAAUCAACUUGAACCGGCUGUCAUUAGCAGACAUCGAGAAGACCUGGCAGGAAGAUUUCGAUUUUCAGGAGGCAUCCGCUCUCACGCUCGGAGUCUGUAAUGGGUCGUUGAUACUGCAAGCGGCGAACAUGACGAGCUUUUUGACGCCGAGCUCGACGCUCAAUGGAGAAGAUUCGCCACGUCAGAUGUCAUUCAGCAGCCUCAACAACAAUACCAAGAGAUCGAUAACCAUAAACAGCGAUACCUCGACUGUGCCAACUCUGGACUUUGGAUCCAGACCUAGUGGCACAUAUACUCAGAAUUUAUCAGAAAGUCAUUUCGACCGUCCAUAUCCGUACCCAAGCAAUCGAAAUAGAGCGGCCUCAACCACAUCUGGAAAGUCUUUCCAUCGUCCAGAGGUUCCCUCUCGAGCUUCGACAAAUGCCAAGCACACAUCAGCAAGCGCUAAUUUCGCCAGGCUAGGCACGAGUCCGUCAAUACCACAGGACGCCUUCGCUCCCCCACGGCUGAGUGUCGAAACGUUAUCGCCUCUCAUGAGCUCGUUUCCAGCUUCAAUUCAUGCUGAAAGACCUCUGUCAUCGAAUACGUUCUUCUCAGCAUCUCCUGCACCCUCGCAGAAUCAGCCUACAGAGCGAAGCAGAGGCUCGGGCGUCUUCUCCUCUGCACUUCCAAUGUCUGAUUCACCUGUCUCUGAACGACAUCCCGCGGAGGCGCUCUUGGGCGAGCCGAAAGUCCUAUUCACUGCGGCGAGUGUGUACGAAUUUAAUAUCGAUCGCGCACGACGCGAGGCAGGAUUUCCCUAUCUAACAUAUGUCACGGGCGAGAUAUUCGACGUCGUUGGUGAACGUGGCGAGCUCUGGCUUGCGAAAAACCAGGACGAUCCUAAUAAACAAAUAGGCUGGAUAUGGAAUAAACAUUUUGCACGGUUGGCGGAAUGA